UUCAAAAAUUUUUACUUUCAAACCGCAAUUCCGAUUCUCUUUCACAGUCUCAUCCAUCACUAUUUUAUUUCACGCAAUAUCUUCCAGCAAUAAUCCCACGCCCUUCGAUGCCCUUCUCCAAUCAUAAAACCAAUACAUAUCGAUCUUCUUCAACUAACCAAAAGGAUCCCCAUCGGACAUCACGAAAGUCGGAAACAAAUGAUGCAAUCUAGUAGCAGUUCGUCAGCCUCGAAACAAUUCAUUGGGCAUAAUCGUUUUGAGAAUUUCAGAACAGGCAAAAAAACAGUCCUGUGGAAGACAAAUUCGAACGGGCAGCAGCCAGAAAAGAGACAGACAGUCACGCACGCAGAUGUGUCGCGCCACCCUGAAACCGAUGAGGUUGAGGCAAGUGCACAGAGAUGCACAAGUGCCGGAGGAACUUUUCUUCUUCUUCUCCUCCUCCUCCUAUUCCUUUUCUUCUUCUUUUUCUUCUUCUUCUUCUUCUUCUUUGGCUCACGAAGGAAACGAAGCGCAGCCACGCGAGUGGGCGGCGCGUACCCUUCUCGAAGGCUUCUUUCCUUGCUUCUUAAACAAGGGUGGAGGGGAUCCUCCGUAUCGUCCGCUGGAACAUGUCUUGUCCUGGCUGAUACUCGUCGUAGAGACGUGGGAACGGAUAUAGCCGAGCUAUCUUCGGGGUUAAAGAAUUUCGUCUCGACCCGGCCACCCUGUCACUGCUUGACUUCUUCCUCGUCGCGAUCAAGAUCGCGUCAGCGCGCGUGACACGCGGACCUUGACAAGUGAUAAGCUUAUCACGUUGGAGCAGUCAUUGACGAUCUGCGAGAAGAAGAGAUUUUCUGCGACACGCAGUCGAUAUCCGGUGGAGUUUGUUUGGGGAGUUUGAUCGGUCAAGCGGAUCUUGUAAGUGGACAGUGAGAGACAGUGAGGAAGUUUCGUUAGGUGGAAGUUGAUUUUUCCCUGCGGCAUGGUGAUUUUGUCGGUCAGUUGGCUGUAUCAAGAUGCACCUGGAGGAUUACCACGUGAGCAGAAGCGAGGAAGAUGUCCAGCGAGCAGUUUCCAAAAGCAUUAAACAGGAGGGUUUCAACAGCUUGCACCUAACGCCCAUUACAACCAUUAACACCAGCAGUCAACCGUGUUGGGUCACUUCUCACACAGACAGCGUUUCCUCUCCCGUUUUACCCAACAACUCCAGUCCCAGAGAAUUCACAGACUGGGAACAACUCACGACCGUCUUCCAGUAUCCUUGUCAACCGUACACGUCCACGGACAGGUCACCAGGAAGCACAGGCAGCGAAGCUACCACGCCAACCUGGAACAAUGUUAUUCACAGCGAGUCGUCGGACUGUUCCAACGGUCAAAGACUGCCGUCCGUUGGUUCUGCUUUCUCGUUCUCAAGGAACUUUUGCAAUACGGUCUAUCCAGAGUAUCAAGACUAUCAAGACUAUCAAGAAUAUCAGGACGACGUAUCAGUGUCUUUGCCCUUUAUCCUUCACAAUCAGACGGAGGACCAAGGACUCGACGGUUCCAUGCAGGCAGCCACGGAUGAGUUUGAUCUUAGUUUAAUCAGAGGCGAUCCUACGUCGUUAUUGUGCAACGUGGAGUCUCCUCCUUCGCCGUCGUCUACGUAUCUGCAAGAGCUUCAAGAUCCAUUUUCUAAUUUGAAUGGAUCUUGCUACGCGGUUGGACACUUGGUCUCUGGACAGCAAUCCUCCGUCUCCACGACCUCCAACUUUGUCAAUGACAAUAGCGGAUUGAACGAUGGAUUUGGGAAUCAGGUUGUUCUGCCCAGGAACGAAGGAUUAUUGCUAACUGAUAGAAGAGUGCCUGCGAGUGAUACGGAAAAACGAAGCACAUCGUUUGACUGUUCGACAGCAGAAGACAACCUGACAUCGACGUAUCAGUGUCGAUGGAUAGAUUGUGGUUGUGCUUUCGCCGAGCAAGAGGGAUUGGUUCGGCAUAUUGAGAGAAGACACGUCGAGUCUUCGUCGUCCAACGCGCACGGACACGGAAGACGGGUUCAAAGGGACCGGGACAAGGACAAAGACAAAGAGGGAGAGGUUGGUUCCGGAAGCGGACAGGAUGAAUUCGCUUGUCUUUGGCAGGGUUGUCCGCGUGCUCGGCCUUUUAACGCCAGAUACAAGCUGUUGAUCCAUAUGAGAGUCCACAGCGGCGAAAAACCAAACAAGUGUCCGUUCACUGGAUGCAAGAAGGCGUUUUCACGAUUGGAAAACCUGAAGAUCCACCAGAGAUCUCAUACGGGAGAAAGACCAUACGCUUGCCAGCAUCGUGGUUGUUCCAAAGCGUUCAGUAAUAGCAGCGAUCGUGCAAAACACCAAAGGACUCACUAUGACACCAAACCGUACGCGUGUCAAGUGAGUGGAUGCGGGAAGAGAUACACAGACCCGUCCAGCCUCAGGAAACACGUGAAGAAUCAUUCAGAACCAACGACACCGCUGUCCAACUUGUCAUUGACAUCGGAUAGCAAAGCCCCAUGUAGCAUGACUAACAAUUCGAGCAACUCGCGGCACGAUCCGAUUUCCACGAGUAUGAAGCAGCAGCAACAGCAACAACAAGCGCAAACGGCAAUCGUCUACGACGCGGAAUCAAAUUAUCGAACGUAUAAGACUUCAGAGUCUUACGCGGACGAGGACGCGGAUCUGUUCCAAACGAAUCUGUGUCAGGUCGAUAGGAUUUCCAUGAACCUUGACAGCAAUCAAGAGUUCGUCCCGUUUGAGUCUGUGAAACGCUUUCUCAUCGACGAUGUCGGCGGCACAGGGUACCAGGUUGAGGACGAGGUCCCCGACUUCCAAGAUCUCAGUUCGGACAUUGAGCAACAAUUUCUCGAGUUAAGCAGCCUCGAUGACGCGGUUUUUAUCGACGGUUGAGAAGAACAUUUAAGGGUGGAGGAUUGGAGGAGGCUCCGUUGGCGAACGCCAUAUUUCCAAAGACUUGUUUCCAUUAUAUUUUGUACUCGAUUUUUAUACGCUUUUUCGCUCAGCUAGAUAGAUUUAAUUGAUAGGUAUAUUUUUGUACAUAGCCGAUUUGUAUAUAUUAUCAUUAAAUACAUGGUUUUGAUUAUUAGGGUUCCAUGGUUAUCCUCGAUACAUUCUAUACCUCUUCUUCGUAUGAGAGAUUUCGAGAGAAUUUUUAUCGCUAUCGUAUCAACAAUAAUUUUUAUUCUUUUCUUACAUGCAUAGGUACAUUCAAAUAGGCAAUUUUUUUCACAAAUCGUUGCAUAUCCUUAACGAGAUAACUCACUAUAGUGGUACAUACAAAGUGUUUAUGUAAGACUUUUGUGGAAAGUUUACGGGUUCUUGAGUUUGCAAUUCAAGCCUCGUUCGUUUGGAUUAACUCAUCUUCUAUUACUUGAAUUCAGAGAAUUGACGUUCAAUGACUUUGCUGGUGA